AUGGGUUCCUGCUUCCCAAUCUUCAACUCCAGCAGAAAUAGAAACCACCGAUCGCCCUCUCACCAAGCUCGAUCAUCCCGUCGUUCUCCUCAUCUCUUCCGAUGGGUUCCGAUUCGGCGGAGCAACAUUUCCUUCAGUUCAUGGGAACCAGAAACAGAUUGUUGCUCAUGGGAUGGCGUCACUUGCAACGUCACCACUGGUUACGUGAUUGGUCUCGACUUGAGCUCUGAUCCCUACUCGUUCAGUUACAAGCUUUCAGGACCUAUCUAUUCCAACAGCAGCCUCUUUGGCCUCCAUCAUCUCCAAAGGCUCAACCUUGCUUACAAUGACUUCAAGUUGGCUCCUAUCCCAUCUGAGUUUGAUCGUCUUCCAAGCUUGACACAUCUCGACCUCUCCCAUUCCAAUUUCUACGGCCAGAUACCCUGGGAAUUCUCACGCCUAACAAGGUUGGUUUCUCUUGAUCUCUCCUACUUCUCUGAUUAUGCAAAACUGGAAAGACCAAACCUUAAGGAGUUGAUCCAGAAUCUGACAUCUCUUGUGGAACUAUACCUUGAUGGUGUAGACCUCUCUAGUCCUAGUCCUACACAGGGAAGCAGCGAUCAUUGGUCUCAGGUCUUGCCGCAGUCUCUUCCCAACCUCCGUGCAUUGAGUUUGAUUAACUGUGAUCUUUCAAGUCCCAUUCACCCUUCUUUCUCGCAGCUUGUCUUCCUCGAGGAGCUCCGAUUUGAUGAAAACUAUAAUCUUUCUCUUGAAGUACCCAACUUCUUACCCGCCAAUUUCUCUCAUUUGAAGACUCUUAGUCUAAGAGAUUGUGGAUUGUAUGGAGAGUUCCCCAACAGUCUUUUUCGGCUACCCAAUCUUCAGAUCCUUGAUGUGUCAAUGAAUCUUCUCCUAAAUGGUCAAUUGCCAGAUUUUCCACUUAACAAUGCCUUUCAGUACAUAUCGCUCUAUCGGACAAACUUUUCAGGAGCGAUUCCAGAUUCUAUUCGAAAUCUUAGGUUUUUGACAACAUUACGACUUGGGGAUUUACAACUUGGUGGUUGUCAUUUCUCCGGAUCGGUUUCACCUUUUUUAACCAAUCUCACCCAACUAACUGAGCUAGACCUUUCCCACAAUAGUUUUACCGGUUUGAAUCAGACAGCGGUAGGUACGUCGGCGGAGCAGAAGAGAUCCAACAACUUCACGAGACCUGAGAGUUGA